AUGGCUACCGAAACAGCCGCAGAACGGCUGAGGCAACUGGAGGUGUUGUUUUCUUGUGGGAGCAGUGAGAAAGGCUCUUACAGCGUAGAGACUCUGCUGGACGUUUUGGUCUUACUUUACGAUGAAUGCUGCAAUUCUACGCUUAGAAGAGACAAGAACGUCAGUGAAUUCAUUGAAAAUGGUAAGAUGCUUGAAGCGAUCGAGAGAUAAGCUCUGGGGUUGGUUCCUUUUUACUAAGACGAAUGUCUUGCUUCAUUUGCAGUAAAGCCAGUGGCUUCAAAAAUAAAACAGCUUCGACUCCGGCGCGAAGACUUUGAUCCCCUAACAUUAAUCGGCAAAGGGGCCUUUGGAGAGGUAAUAGCGAUAUAGUGUAAUUUGUCAAAAGUGGGUUUCGUCGUUUUUUUACAAACAUGUUCCUGUUUUUGUUCAGGUAACUGUGGUUCGAAUGAAAACCAACGAUAGAAUCUACGCCAUGAAGACCCUAAAUAAAUGGGAAAUGUUAAAGCGAGCUGAGGUAAGUUUGAUAGCUUGCUAACCAACCAGCUGAAGUAAUUCGAGUCAUUCAUGCCUUCAUUGUAGCGUUGUUUAGUCUUUUGGGUCACCGUCGAUCUUUUUAUUGGCCUUGAUAUGAGUUGUGGGAAUUAAAUGGAAUGCGUGAAUUAAUCGCAGGAUUGUAGCUACGAGUGGGUCCGAAGAUUUUAAGUCCGUCUGAAGAAAGAUCGCAUUGACAAACUCUUUUCGUUUGCCGAGCGACUUUACAAUUGAUCAAAUGUUGAUUUUCCGGUCAACUUUUUCCUUUCGUAUCUCCCCUGUAGACGGGAGGUAAAAUUGUUUAUCCUUUAGACCAAAUACGUGAAAGGAACGAAUGGUGGUGGUGUGAGAGUGAAAUGUACAACUACGAGAAGUGGAAUGCGUGUGAUCGAAUCGAACAAGAGAUCGGUCUAAUGCAAUGCUCACUCUGCACACGUAACGUCAAAUGUAUUUCAAUAGAAGUUUACUCAGUUCGGAAUAUUUGCAGUGUUUGUUUUGAAAGAUAUAUUCACGAUAAAGAUCGGCGUUUCAUUACUCCUUCAGUUCAGCUGUUUUCAAUGAACAGUUUAUUUUCUAGCCAGAUUAGGUUUCGAAACUUUAAGGGGAGAAAAAACGUUCUCCUUGUAUGGUUUUUGCACAACUUGAAUUGUAUAAAUUUUAAUUUGCGAGUCAUCGGUGUUAGUUUUAAAGACAUCGAAGGUGAACGUGAAGAGACCUGUCGAUUCGAUUAUUUGUUAUUUUACAGUGUAAGGUACAGUUGUGUCGGAGGCAACAUUGAUGAGAUACAUUUACGCCGUAUGAACCAUCAAUGCUUAAAUACUACUAGCAAAUGAUUAUUAUGUGUAACAAAAGGUGUAGUUUACUGGUAAAGAAUCAAAGCCAUUUCCCCUUUGGCAUUAAUUAAUUUGUAGCACAUUUCAAUAGGGGUAUUAAUUUAAAUGGCAGCUAAAUUUUUUUGGAUUUAAAGAGACUGGGGAAUCUUCGGGUCCAUUUCCGCCUUGUGUUCUUGUCACGUUUCUUAGAUAUUUCAAAGUUCUUUUUCUUAAAAUAAUGACAAUAAUUUUGAGCAAAACAUGUCCUGAUAAUGAUGCCACAGGUUUUCAGCUGAGAGCAGUCCUAAGGCAAUUUCAACGGUAAAUGAUUUAAUACUUGUGAUAUGAAACAUGACAGAUUUCAUACACCCGAACAAUAUCAGUGGAAAACACACAGACAUCAACAUAUGCAAGUACUAUUAAGCACCUUUUCGUCCAUCCACCCAGCAUAAUGUUAGAUCAACCCUCAGCCCAAGAAAUAUUUAAGAUAAAAGUCAAAAUUUUCUUUUGUAUAUGAGUACAAUGUAUUAUUAUCAAAGACGCUUCAUUUGAAUGGUGACACCAUGACAUUUUGUCUGCAAAGUUAUAAUAGAGUUAUAUUAUGUGGACUCUAUAAGAGCAGUGCUUUCUUUUCAGAAAAAAAACUACUCAUUCUCAAUGACCAACUUUUACUUCAACAGCUACUGUAAUACAUGCAUCUUUGAUAGACUCAAACCCCCACUAAUGACCACCUGUCCACAAUGGCUGCCUCUCUACAAUGGCCACUUUUUAUGGUAGACAGUCCAUGCGUUGACUCUUGUUUAAACCUCUCUACAAUGGCCACCUCUUUACAACAGCCACUUUCUUCUGCCCCAAGGUGUCAGUUGUGGAGAGGUUCAACUGCAAUUAAUUUACUAUUCAGAAAUUAAGUUAUCAUUUCAACUCCUUUACAUCAAGGCUGUGCUCUAAGGAAAAUCCAAGGGAGCCCAGUGCUAUAAACCUCGAAAAUCUAGGGUGCCCAGCAUACAUGGAUGAUUUGUACCAAAAAAGUAAGAUUUUUAAGUCACCCAAGAUCAAAAGUUAGGUACCUGCGGCCACCGGGCUCUGCUAGAGCACAGCCCUGUACGUGUUAGUGAACUCUUUCACUUCCAGAGUAAAUGAUGGAGUCUUGUGAGGUAGUUCUAACUUUUGAGUUUGUGGAAAAAAAUCCAAUGAUGUGACUAUUCAAGUGAAAGCCACUGAGCAGAACUUUCCUGUGGUGCUGUUUACUACAUGUAUGUUGUACAAGGUGGUUCUAACUUUUGAGUCUGUGGAUGAAAUCCUAUGGUGUGACCACUCAAAUGAAAGCUACUGAGCAGUACUUUCCUGUUUGUUCUCCAGCUUUAACAAAAUAAAGUUUGUCAUUUUUGUUGAAUGUUGACUUUGACCGCUGUGGGGACUGACAGGAUUAGCAUACUAAAAUUAAUGGUCUGUAUACUUCUUUAGUAGUCUGACAAGAAAGAUAAUUUUCCCUGACCUUUGCAGACUUUGCCUAAGGCAAAGGGACCCAUGCAUGAAAAUAGCCUGAAAUUGCACUUUUGACUCACUUUAAUGAUCACCUAAAAUUUAAAUCAAAUUUAAUUUCCGGUCUCUUUUGUGAGAGCAAAAGGUGAAAACGUUUCUGGAAUGUUCUGUUUAUGUCUUCUGCUAUAAAUAUUUAGAACAUUUAACUUCUUAGUCAUUGAAACAUGCAUUUAGUUUAAACUAUAUCAUCCAGAUUCACUGCUUAUUAAUCAUCAAUCAAUGCCACAUCAGAUAAUGUUUAUUCAACAAACUGUUUUUAUAUCAAGUUUAUUAUCACUUACCUAAUAUCAUGUUAGUAUAGUAUUCCUUGGAAUGCGUUCAAUUUCUGGUGUUAAUUUAUUAGAUUGGUAUAAAUAUUGUGUAAUGUAUUUAUAGUUAGGUCAGGCACAUACCAACAUUUGGUGAAAUAAAUCUUUGAUGCCAUUCAAGAGUAGCACAUUGUACAUGUGUAAAUCUACUAGUAGCCCUCUGUUCUGUUGAUUGCCUGUAGAGAAGUGUUUUCCCAGCUUAUGAUAUUUUUAAGGGACCAAAUUUUCUGCAUUCAAAAACUAAAUGUUCUAUUUUUAGUCAAAGGGAAUCAAGCUGUGUUUAAACACUGUUAAAGAAAGUAUUGUAAUUCUUGGAUGAAGUCCUAUGGUGUUACCAUUCAAAUGAAACUUUUUUGGCAAAAUUUUAGCACAUUGCUAUUUUAAAUCUUAAAAUUUCAAAGAGAAAUUUGAACUAAAACAUAUUGUAAUGACAUUAUCCUUAGUAUUUGCCACUGUUUGUUGGUUGUAGAAGUAUUUGGAAGCUACAUAUACGUGUAGAAGGUUGCAUUGGAUUAAAAUAUCGGAAAAUUUCAUGUGAAAUAUCAUAAGAAUUAUCAGACCCUUCUGAUUAACAUUAAAUCACAGAUUACUUGUUCUACAUGCAUGUAAGACAGUUAAUGUUUUAACCAGAGAGGAGGGGGAUAAAUAGGCCAAUGGAUUGGUGGACUUUGAAAAUGUUUUCCCGGAUUUUGGAUUCAGAGUGAAAUUUUAACGGAUUUGUGGAUCUGGCAAUGGCAGCGGAUUGCAGAUUCAUCCAUUUUUUGGGCCCCAAUUUUAGCCUUAGCAUGUUUAAAAACUAUUUUGCCAGUAUUUCCUAUUUAGAGGGAAAUUUUAUUGGCGGAUUUGUUUAAUAAAUCAUAAUGGAUCUGUGCAUUUGCAUACCCCUAUUCACCCUUCUUAGACAGCAUUGACCAACUGUAUACAACUCAUAGGGAGUCAACAAGAACACUGUCUGAAAAAAUUAUUGUUGGGGAGUAACGUUAACUCUAGGUACCCAUUUUUGGGAGGUGUCCAUUUUAUAGUGGAUUCCUUUGAGAGUGAGUUCAAUGAACUUGGUGAAAUUUUAUGUUGAUCAGUGGAAGGACAUAAAGUUAACAUCCCAAUACAGUGGUCUGGGUCUUAGGACUGAACAUCAUCUGACUGUUGAGGUCCUGUUAGACUAAAUUCUGACAAACAAUAUGGCCUUGGAACUGCAACAUAGGACAGCAGAAAUGGUGACAAAGGACACAAAUAUGGGUUGAAACUGCGUCAGCGACAGAGAAAAGAGCAGUAGUAAUAUAAUAGUGAAAUAUGGACAGCAACAUGACUUCCUCCCCCAUACGCUAAACUUCAGGUUUUAAAAUUCAGACUAGGGACAUACAUAACCACCCAAGAGGACCUCACUGUAUACAAUGUACUAGCUGAAGUGUGACGAUUUUGAACAAAAUGAAUGUUCUUAAAGCAUACAUUUGAACUGUUUAGAUUCGUUUGAUAAGAUUACUGCUUUAAAGUAUUUUCUUAUUAUUGAAUAUGAUUUACAGUAUGCUCAGGGUUUCAGAAAAGUGAGAGCUAGCCAAUGUAUGUGAAGCUUUGAUACAAUUCUUAUAAGCAUUCAAAUGAAAAUCAAGCCAAAGUAGAUGGAUUGAUGAUAGAAAACCUGUGGGAGGUUGUCAGAUCUUGUUGAAUGCUAAGGCUGUUGUAUUUUUGGCUAAUAAUUCUCCAUACUCAUUUUUAGUAUCUGGUUUGAUUUAAUGUUAAGCUUUUGUUUAGCAAAUGAAGUGCAUCAUCUUGCCAGAAAGCUUAACCAACAUGUGUAGAGGCAUUAUAUGUAGCUUCAACUUGUCAAGUUGAUAAGAUCCAUUAUGUAAUCCGUAAAUCUGUGAUUGAUUGAAAUUAGACUAUACAUGUACAGGUUCAGAUUUCUAUUGUUUACUUUUGAUGUGAUAAGAUAUGAUUUGUUUUAGCCAAUAAGAUUAUGUGAAAGUAAAUGGCUGAAGUCUUUGUUUACUCCUAGUUUAGUGUCAAGUUUCAUUGCAAUUAUAUACCACACUGUAAUUUAAUUUUUCUGUAGUCUACAGUACAAGGGGUCAUCUGCCAUGGAAUAGCAAUGUGUUACCAUAUUACAAUAAUAUUGUAAUGGUUGAUUGUACUGUAUAUCAUGCUCAAGACAAGCAUUUUACAGUGCUGUAUGUAAUUUUCAUCAACAAGUUAUUGCCAGCUUUUUAAGCAUUUGCCUUUGGAGAUGUAUUCCACAUAGACUGAUCCUGAUCGGUGGAAAAAUACAACCUUCUACAUACAGCUGUAUAGCAUUACUUUACAAAUGUGUGACUGUCAAGUGGGUCAUUGUUGUUCAUACUACUGAAGUCAAGUACAUAGCUCACUGUAAUUUUAUCCUUUAGUAAUAUUUCAUGACCUUGGUUGUAAUUUUUUGGUCAGUCUGUAUUAUUGUCUAUGAAUAUAUUAAGUGAGAGAAUAAAAGCAUGUUGAUAGUUUAUUCAGUAAGAAUGUCUAAAAUGGGAGUUUUGAAUAAUGUCCUGAAAAGAAGAAUCAGUUUUCUCACAAUAUAGUUUUUUCUUAAGCUUCAUUUAGAAGUAGUUUCAGCCAAUUUUUUCAUUAUGAAAACUUGUUUGACAAUUUGAUUAAGGAAAGUGCAGUGAAAAGGAGUUUCCCAUCAUGAACUUUCAACCUUUUCUUUCCAGACUGCUUGCUUCAAGGAAGAGAGAGAUGUCUUGGUGUAUGGAGAUAAAAAAUGGAUUACCACAUUACAUUAUGCAUUUCAAGAUGAUGAUUAUUUGGUGAGAAAUGGCAUUUUGUUUUUUUCUCUUUAAAGGGGCUACAUAGAUGUCAUUGCCAUCUUAUUCUUUUUUUUGUUGUUAAUUUUGCCAGUUACUCAUCUUUCUUUGCUAUGGAACAUAACCUUUUAUAGCAAAGAGAUUACUUAGGGCAAACUCACAGGCUCAUGUCGAACAAAUAUGUCUGACAAGGAUUACAGUAUAUAAGCUGGUUACAAACAACAAAAGUGAACUUUGAAAAGCUGCUAGGCUAACUCUCUCUAUGUUAACUGCCCUCCUUAAAUGAAAGGCACGUGAGUGCCUGAAAUAUCCAGGGGCUUCCAAUGUGGCUAGUAGCGAGGCACCUGUCACACAGAUUGAAUCCAUACAAAGAAAAUUAGAAGUUUGGGUGGCGCUGAGUUUGAAGGUUAAACAACCAUGACAAAACCUGCUCCACAACUGCUACAAACUGCUGAAAAACCUCAAAAAGAUCUUACAGUUAUUACAGUAUACUGUACCUUGAUCAACCCUUUAAGUCCCAAUAUCCACAUACAAAUUCUCCAAACUGGUCUUUAUACAUUUCCUUAAGGAAUAAGUUGAGAGAAUUUGGUAGAAGAUCCAAGCAUUUUCUCUUAGGUGAUCAUUUUAUUAACUCUCAUAACCAUUUCUCUUGGUGACAUAUGGAUAUUGUUAGGAGAAUAUUGAUCUUGGUAAGUCCACAUGAGCCUGCAGGUUUGGCUACUGAGCCAAAGAGGCUACAGCCUUAGCUUGUAGUGGUUAAAGAAAACUUUUUUAAAUUGUCAUGAAAUUAAGUUAAUAAUAUAUUGAAAUAUCUGUAUGCAUCAUCUGUACAUCUACAGCUGCAUACACAGGAAGGUCAAAAGCAAAAAGACUGGCUAGAGUAAAAUGCGUGGAACAGAUCAUUGUUUUCAGCAUAAUGUGAAGCACUGUAAGCUGAAUCCCUGGUGCUGUUAAUCCUUAUAGCACCUCAUUUCAAAGUUGAAGGAAUAAUAUCACAUUUGUGCUUUGUUUCCAGUAUUUUGUUAUGGAUNAAAUAUCCAGGGGCUUCCAAUGUGGCUAGUAGCGAGGCACCUGUCACACAGAUUGAAUCCAUACAAAGAAAAUUAGAAGUUUGGGUGGCGCUGAGUUUGAAGGUUAAACAACCAUGACAAAACCUGCUCCACAACUGCUACAAACUGCUGAAAAACCUCAAAAAGAUCUUACAGUUAUUACAGUAUACUGUACCUUGAUCAACCCUUUAAGUCCCAAUAUCCACAUACAAAUUCUCCAAACUGGUCUUUAUACAUUUCCUUAAGGAAUAAGUUGAGAGAAUUUGGUAGAAGAUCCAAGCAUUUUCUCUUAGGUGAUCAUUUUAUUAACUCUCAUAACCAUUUCUCUUGGUGACAUAUGGAUAUUGUUAGGAGAAUAUUGAUCUUGGUAAGUCCACAUGAGCCUGCAGGUUUGGCUACUGAGCCAAAGAGGCUACAGCCUUAGCUUGUAGUGGUUAAAGAAAACUUUUUUAAAUUGUCAUGAAAUUAAGUUAAUAAUAUAUUGAAAUAUCUGUAUGCAUCAUCUGUACAUCUACAGCUGCAUACACAGGAAGGUCAAAAGCAAAAAGACUGGCUAGAGUAAAAUGCGUGGAACAGAUCAUUGUUUUCAGCAUAAUGUGAAGCACUGUAAGCUGAAUCCCUGGUGCUGUUAAUCCUUAUAGCACCUCAUUUCAAAGUUGAAGGAAUAAUAUCACAUUUGUGCUUUGUUUCCAGUAUUUUGUUAUGGAUUAUUACAGUGGUGGAGAUCUGCUGACUCUGCUCAGCAAAUAUGAAGAUCAUUUACCUGAAGAAAUGGCCAAAUUUUACCUGGCAGAGGUGGUUUUGGCUGUGAAUUCUAUCCAUAAAAUGGAUUAUGUCCAUAGGUAGGUCUUCUUGAUUAGCCAAGCUAUUAAAUUUUUGCAACCAGAGGAUGUUUGUUUGUAUAUGUAUGCUUUAAUUAAAUUAAAUUUAAUUUGAAACUUCUGUGGAGAUCAAUAAACUUCAACUUAACUAAACUUCUUGUUUUAUUUAAAGCUGUUUUCAGUAGCAGUAAAUUAAAUCUCCAUGCUCUGAAGAAAUCAAAUGAAGGUUGUGCAUUAUUUGUUGCUGUUAAUUUAUCCUCAAGGAAAUUAAGUAGUUGUCAUAAAGUCCAAAUCACUCCAGUGUAAUUUCUGUCUACUGUUGUUAAAUUUUUGAACUUCAGGUCCCAGUUCAUAAUCAAAACUUAAUCAAAGUGACAGGUAUCGUUUACUUUUGUCUAUCCAAACUGGAUCAGCAUAAGAUCCUGGGAAACUCCUUACCCACCCCUCCCAUAAUUAACCCAACUUUACCACUAAUUUCUCACUUUAGGAAAAUGUUGGGUUGGAGGGUUGGGUGGGUUUGUGGAUGGCCAGUGUUAAGAACCUUUACUGAUCCAAAAUGUUCAUAUUUUUUUUGCAGGGAUGUCAAGCCUGACAAUGUUCUCCUUGAUGUCAGUGGCCAUGUUAGGCUGGCAGAUUUUGGAUCUUGCUCAAAACUUGGCAAGAAAGGAACUGUAAGUGAUUCAUCCCCUGCAUUCUGAUACAUUCAUGUUAUACGUGUACAUGUAAAUAUCAAGCUAAUAUUGCUUCACAAAUACCUUGAAGAUAUAAACCCUUUCUGUUAUAAAAUAUUAGUGAAAAAUAAUAAUGUUUAUGGAAUCAUAGUCUACAUGUUUUCUUUCUAUUGUAGGUUAGAUCGUCUGUUGCAGUUGGUACACCUGACUAUAUUUCUCCUGAAAUCCUCCAGGUAAAUAUAUGUAAUGUAGAAAAAAAGUUCAGUUAGUGUACAUUGAAAGUUGCAGAUUGCCAUGUGUUCCUGGCUUCUUCGUACAGUGCAUAUCUUUUUUAUGAGCAUGGUGGGGUGUGAUGUAAGAAAAAUUCACAGCUUUCCAGAAUCUCAAAUUCGUUGACUCUUUCUUUAGGCCAUGGAAGAUGGACGAGGCGAGUAUGGUGUUGAAUGUGACUGGUGGUCUCUGGGUGUUUGUAUGUAUGAGAUGCUGUUUGGUGAAACCCCUUUUUACGCGGAAUCAUUGGUUGAAACAUACAGCAAAAUCAUGAGCCAUAUGGUAAGAUGAAAUAAAUGUUUUAGUUAUUGCUUAAGUUUUGAUGCCCAAAUUUUAAUUUAUUUUUGUAGAAGUGUUCGUAACAGCCAGAUGAUUAAUUUUUGCCAUGCAAAGAUUAGUAUUAAUUUGUUGCAUGGUUUUUUUUUCAGGGUAAAUUCAAUUUUCCUUCUGAUGUAGAAGUUUCAAAUGAUGCGAAAGAUCUGAUGCAAAGGUUGGUUUAUUAGAAGAUCAGCAUGUAAAAAAUUGUUCUUGUAGAAAUGCUACCCGUUAAGAGGAACAAAAAGGAAGUGAAUAUUAACAAUGUAAUACAGUCUAAUCUCCACUAAUGGCCACCUCUUCAAACGGCCACCUCUCUACAAGGGCCACUUGUUUUGCCCCAGUGGACAAAUACUCCAUUCAUCGACUCUUGUGUAAACCUCUUUACGAUGGCCACUUUCUUCUAUCCCCAAGUUAGCCAUUGUGGAAAGGUUCAACUGUGUUAAUGUUACUCUCUAGAUAGUAUUAUUCUUCUCAGAUAAUGACGAUAAACCGUAGUCCCUGUCUCACCACCCUUGCAUAUAUAAAUUCUGUGGGAUGUUAAAGAACCCACGGACUGUUCGUAAAGAGUAGGGGACAUAGUCCCUGGUGUGUUGGUCUAUCUCUCAUGGGGGAAGGGACUGUUACGCGCCCGCAGUAAUUGGCGUCAUGCUGUUGCGGUGACCCUGCCAAUAAUUGGUGAAUCUAGUAAAAUAAAGUUUUUAAGGAGUACAAUGUUCUAAGUGUGCUAAAAACUUACUGUCAUGUAAUUGUACUUUAUUUUUUCCAUCUUAAUUCAUUUUCAUCAGUAGUAUAACUGAUAAGUAUCAGUAUAAGACAGUAUUAUGAAGAGUAAAAUCUGUUUUUGUUGUGUUGUAGACUUUGUUGCAAAAUAGAACAGAGACUGGGACAAAAUGGAAUUGAUGAUUUUAGAAAUCACCCUUUCUUUGAGGGAAUUGACUGGGACAACAUUGGGGACAGUAAGUUUUUUGUACUUCUUUUUUUGCUUUAUUAUUUAUUUAUUCCUUCCACAUUUUAGUAGCUCCAUGAUUAUCGUUGUUUACAGUGAAAAUUUGUCUGUGUUUAUGCUUCUGCAGAAAAACCCUAGUUAAGUUUUGAUGGCAGUUUUAUGAGAUAUUCUUUUAAAAGUUUUCAUAACACUAAAGCUAGAUUCUUGGAUGAGCAACACAUUACUGCAUAAUUGUGUUAUUACAUUAUAAUUAUGCUUUAUGUGUACGUGCAUAUCCAAGGGUAUGCUGACCAGUUGAACAUUUAUUAUUUGCUUUCGUAAACACAGUCUUUGUGUCAGAUCAUGGCUAAUUGCUUAAUUUUUUUUAAUUCCAUUUUUCAGCUGUUCCUCCAUACAUUCCGGAAGUCAGUAGUGCAUCUGAUACGUCAAAUUUUGAUGUGGAUAUCGAUGAAUCUAGAGCAAAUGUAUGUACUAAACUUUUUUAAAAAAAUGUUAUUAUUUAAAAUGUAGAUUUUAAAAGAUAUGAUUAUGUUUUUUUACAGGAUGCAAUGCGGCCAUCUUCUGUGUCUCCAUUCACUGGCCAUCACUUACCAUUUAUAGGAUUUUCAUUUACUGAAAAUAGGUAUGUUGGUUCAGCCCAGUUACUUGUUUUGUAGUGGUCGUGUAGACAGGGUAACCAGGGUAGCAAUUACCAAAGGUCUAAACUUUUUUGGUUUUUAUUUAAUACUAUUUUUUAUUAUAUAAACACCAAUGAAAUACCAGGUGAGCUUUCACGCGAAAACUUGGUAUCUUCACCUGUGAAAAUAACAUGUUAUCUUCACAUAUGAAAAUAUCACCAUUGCUAUGGCUACAUAAUAAAUCACACCUUUCACACCCAAAAACUAUUAAAGUGAAAUUGUUUUGUAGUUCAUUGGUGUUUAUAUAAUAAAUAGAACAUUACAUGGCCGCUUGUAGAUACGAAAUUUCUCUUCCCGUGUUGAAAAAAUAUUUCACUCAUUUACUGCACUCACUUGUGAAAUAUUUUUCAACACUUGAAGAGAAAUUUCGUAUCUCGGUGCGGCCAUGUAAUAUCCUCUAUGAAAAAAAAAAUUAUGUAAGCGUUGAGUGGGUGACAAAUAUUUCAUAAGGAUUUUUUUCACUAAGUCAUUUACCUGCUGUACAUACAGGUGUACGUAUGACUGAUAUUGUAACCUUUUUUUGCUUCAGUCGACUGUCUGAUAAGGCACACUCCGUUGCUAAAGAAUCUGGGAACAUCACACUGGAGCCUGUGGCAUCAAACAAUGGUAGAGCUUUGUUCAUUCAUGAACGUUUACAUGUACUUAAGAAAGUAAUCAUAAGAUGGAGUGAUUCAUAAUGGUGAUUGAACUGAAUACCGUAAUUGACCUAAAAAGACACCCACUUCCAUAUAAACGCCUCUUAUCUUAUAAACGCCCCCUCUACACUAUUAAAAUUGUACUAGAUGCCCCUUUCUAAUAUUGAACACCCCCAUGAGAAUUACUCCUAAAUACUAGGAAUUAGCAAAAAGGAGCAAAAUCAUUCAAUUCAUUCAGUUGUUUGUUCGAUGUCAAUUUCAAAGUAAGGACAACACAAUAACCCUGAGUGAAGAUUCUGACAUCGAUGUUGGGAUUUGAAAAAGUAAUAUGGAUCUUUAGAUGUUUCAAUAAAUUGAUGGAGUGAAUAUUCUGCUAUUUUCAAACUCUCUUGAUAUUUUCUCGGGAAGCAUACAUGUAAUGGUUUUGUUGAGCUUGUUACAGUUAUGAGAAUAAGUGUCUCUAUUUUAAACUGCUCCUACAGUAUCUAUUAACGCCCCGGCUUGAACCCCUAAAAUUACAUAGAUUCCCUGGGCAUUUAUAAGGUCAUCAUUUCACGGUAGGCGCAAUUUGGUCUGGAGUAUUAUAUGUGAGUUCAGACCAAAUUACACAACACAACUGAUCAGUAUGUUAAAUGUCCAUGGCCAUUGAGGUAGCAUUCAAUAAGAAACAGUUUCAGCUGGACACAUAAAAUUAUUUAAUCUUUCUUGUAAUAAUUGGUUUAUUUAGUCCCCAGCUCAUUGUCUGUUGAAGCGUAUGAGAGAAGAAUUCAAAGACUCGAGAGGGAAAAAUCAGAGCUGGCUCGAAAAUUGACAGGUAUUGUUGUGGGUGUGUUUAUAAAAAUGCAAAAAUUAAAUACAUGUAUUUGUGAUAAAAAAUGUGGUUGUUGUCAAGUCCCUGUCGCUGCCUCCUGCCUCUCAUGUUUGUUUUUGCAAAAGGGUUAUGGACUGGUGAUCUCCCCUGGCUACCAAAAGCAUGACCCCUGCCUACUUUCAUCGGAAAAGGAGGAAAAACGAAAGCAAAAGGAAUUCUCUGCCCACUGCGACAGAAUUAGCUCGGUCGUUAGAGCGCUUGACUGUAGAGCAGGAGAUCGUGAGUUUGAUUCCUGGGACUGGAACAAUACUCAGGGUCUUAAAAUUACUAAGAUACAAGGGUACUUUUCUCUGCAAACAGCUAGACCUUUGCAUGAUCCCAUCUCAAGGAGGAGCUAAAAUAAUACGGUCAUUGACACUCAUAUAAAGUGCCUUUUUUACUUAUAUUUACAUGUACCUCUGGCAACUUGAUAUCUUGGUGACAGCCCUGUAUGGUAUGAGUGAAUGGCCUAGAUGAAGUAUCUAAGUGCCCUUAUUUAUGAUCUUUAGUUCUAUGACUGUUGCAUUCACUUUUGUAAUUUACCCUUUGUUUAACUCUGCCAUUAUAGAUUCCACUAAAGCAUUACAAGAUCAAGCACUGGCUGUUGAUGGUCCAAAAGGAGAUCAAGUGGAUUCUAUUGAAUUGAAGAGGUUAAAAGAUGAUAUGACAUCAAUGAAGAAGAAAAUCAUGGGUAAGUCAGUGUAUUUUGAAUCCAUGAACCAUGAGAAUAUCAGUGACAGUACAUGUUUUGCUGCUGGUCAUUGGCAUAAAUUUGUUGUUAAGUCUUUUGAUUGGUUGAUUCAUUCAUUCAUUUUUGUGGUGAAACACCUUAACCCUUUAAGCCCCAAUAUCCAAAUACAAAUUCUCCAAACUGAUCUCCAUACAUUUCCUUCAUGGACAAGUUGAGAGAAUUUGAUAAAAGAUCAAAGCAUUUUCUCUUUAGUGAUCAUUUUGUUAAUUCUCAUAACCUAAUCUCUUGACAUUGUAUGGAUAUUGUUAGGAGAAAAUUGAUGUUGGUCACUAUUGGGACUUAAAGGGUUUUAAAUGUACAACAUACAAUAUAUUUACAAUGAUAUUAAUUUGGAAUUAUUCUUCAGAGUAUGAAGCUCAGUCUGCUGAUCUAGAAAAGGAACUGCAAGAUGCUUUAACGUCAAGAAAAGAACUGGAAUCCACCAAUGAAGGCAAGUUACACUAGUGUAAAUAAGCACACAGCUGUAAUUCUUAAAUACUAUUAUUUUUUGGCAAGUAAAAACAAAAGUUGAUGGCAUCAUGCAAAAUUACUGCAAAGGAGUAGUUUGUUUUUUGGUUUGAUUUGUUGGUUUGUUUUUUGACUCAGUAUUCCACUGUUGUUUUUGUAGAAAUGAGUGCAAAGAUGCGAUCUCUAGACAGAGAAGUCAGAGGAUUGAGGAUGGAAAAAGAAGACAUUGAAAGAGUUAGUGUUGAUUUCAUUUGUUUUGUUUUAUUUUUCCCCCUCUCAAAAUAAUGUAUUUGAAUGGCCAGCAAUCACUUGCAUGUCAUUUUUUUCUAUGUGUUUGUUUGUUGUUGUUGUUGUUGUUUUUUACAAUAAUAUUGACAGUGCCCAUUCAUAGUGAAUUUUUGUGGAAAAUAGCUCACAUAAGUAAGGGAGGAAAACUUAUUGUGUCAUCAUAGAGUCCUGAAGUGUGAUGCCAUAAAAAAAAAAUUAAAUUUGGGAAAUUAUGGGAUUUUUCAGGGGUAUUAUGAAAAAACAACAACCGAAAGGCCCACUUGCUAAAAAUUAGCAUUCCAGGGCAAAUUGUCUCUGAUGACUCCAUACUAAUCCUUCUAAAGUUGACUCAGUUCAUAACAUCCAUUAUAAACAGAGUCAAAUUUAGAAGGAUUGUAUUGAGUCAUCAGAGCAAAAUUUGACUAGCAUCUCCGAGACAUUAAAUCAUGCAUUAUUAUAAACUUCUAUUGUUCCUAUUUCUUGUUUAUUCAAGGUUCUUCAAGAGGCAAAUGAAAAAAUCACCACACAGCAAAAAGAAUUAAAAGAAGCCCACAGUGCAAGAAAACUUGCGAUGGCUGAGUUUAGUGAAUUAAAUGACAAGCUAGCUGACAUUCGGUCUGCCAAGACCAAGGUGUCAAGAAUGCUGCGAGAAAAAGAAGAAGAAAUGGGUAUUCUUUCACAUUCCCAUGCAUUCCCGAUAUUCCCUUUCAUUUUUAUUUUGAUUUUUUGUAAUAUGCAGUGUUAAUAAUCGUUGUUUAAUUCUCUCAAACAGAAUCCACAUUACAGAAGCUUGAUGGCUUGAGGCAGGAAGUACGAAAUGCUGAUAGAAAGAAAAGAGAAGUGAGUUUCUUUUGCUGUUGGCCAUGGUGGUAUUCAAACUAAAUAAUAGUACAAGCACAGUAGCAUCUGUGGUCCUGAUUGACAGUACAAUAUUCUGAUUACUCAUAAUUCUGUUUGAAGAGAUGUGCUAUUAUUUGCUUAUUUACGUGCUGAGGUUUCAAUAAAAAUUGAAUUAGUGAGUAGGUUUCAAUAGGGUAACCGACCAUAUCAACAAGGGGCCAUUAGUCCCCUUUUUUUCUAGGGGGAGGGUGUCUGGGGGCAUGCGUCCCCAGAAAAUUUUGAAAUUUCAAAGCCCUAAAAUGUGAGUUUCAGCAUUCUAGGGACCAAAUUGAGGACAAAAGUUUUUCAUUCAAGAAAAUUUAGCUUUCAUUCAACUUUCGAUUUAUCAGUUACACAAUAAAUUCCUAGAAGCAAUGGACAAAAACUGAAAACUAAAUUACAUACUUUUGCACAUAAACAAAUUCUGUGUAAAACUGAAAAAUUGACUGUCGUAUAGCAUUAACAUGACUAAUAAUGCAUAAUGUAAAACCAGUGGGUUGUAAUGUCCGUGGCGCCCCAACAGUCAUUGACUACGGGAUAGGUGCAGGUGCAAAACCAGUGGGCCAUUGUGAAAGCACAUCAUAAGAACAUUUUCAUUCAGAUUUUUUUAUAUAUUUUUUGUUUACAACGUUAUUCAAACUAGAUGCUUCUUUUUUCCCAGAAAAAGUAGCCGACUUCUUUGAGCCAAAAAGCUGACGAAACCAUAUGUGCUUUUUGAUACCCCUGUACAUGCAAUGUACAGUUCACAUUUUAUCACCGUGCAGGGGGCCAUAGCUCAUAACUUUUUAUUAACAUUCUAACAACACUUUCAUGUGCAUCAGGUGAAGUCAAUUUUUUGUUUUUUCUCUUUAAUGUUUAGAUUGCUUCACAAGUGGAGGAAAUGUCUGCAGAAGCAAACAAGGAAAGAAAGCUUAGAGCUAGAAGUGACCAGGUACAUCAGACCUCCUUUGUCUUGUGUUUGAAAAUAAAAGAUAUUCUUGGAAUGAGAGAAAAAAUGUUUGCUAUGGAAGGAAGCACUAUCAGUCUACAAUAGAUAUUUUGUUUGUUGUUUAGGCAAUUAUUUCCUACUUCUCUGCUUAAUGCUGUUGGCUAUUUUUUCUUCUUAGUAUGCAAAGCAACUUGAAGAAGAAAUCGAGUACCUGAAGGUAAUGUCAGAACUUUAAAACAACUUCUAACAUAAACUUUUCAGUUGAUCUCAAGAUAUCAAAAGUAUUAAAGGCAAUUACAGGAAGAUCCCAAAUGUCAUUUCCAUGAGCUUCAAGUUGUCUUUCCUUUCCAUGUCUCUGAGUAGUUCUGUAUAACUGAGCGCUGAUGAAUAGUCUGAAGUAUAAUGAGCUGCACUUCAGCCUUAGGUUUGCUGGCCAGACGAUCUGAUGAAUAUUUUGAUGUGCUGACCUUUUACAUUGUACCUCUUUGCUGCUUGCAAGUAACCCCCACCACCACCACUAUGACUUAAAUGGCAUUAGUAAACUUAAACAUUGAAAGUAGUUUUCAAUUUAUUUUUGUUUUUGUUUAUUGACUCAGGCUAAACAAAGAAGUUUAGGGAGACCAUUUCCUAGUGAUACAACAGCAGAAGACCAACAACAAGAAAUUUCCAGGUGAGUUAUUAAUUUUACGUUGCUUUUAUUUACAUAUUAAAGUAGAUGUACACAGUAAAAGUGCUUCAGCUGCUUGUGUAAGUUAGAAUUGCAGAUUCAAAACACAUUCUUGGCUCUAACUGCAUUUGUUUGCAGGCUUAAAGGUGAAAUUGAAAAACUAAAGUUAGAGCAUGAGGAAUCUACAACACAAGAACAACAGAAGCACUCAAAUGAAGUUAAGGUGAGUUAAAAAAAAUGAUCAUUACUGUUUUAUGUUUAUAAUUUAUUGCUCGUUAAGUGUGGGAUUAUAUAUUAAAUACAUCAUCUCCUGUUACAGGAACUUACUGAAAAGCUUCUUGAUGUUGAGUCAGGCAGGAUGUCCUUGAAAAAUGAGGUAAUUAUUUUGUUCAUUACAUUUCGUGGUUGUGUAAAUACACUGUACCAUAAAUACUAAUACAUGUAGUUGUUUAUUUUUUAAUGAUCAAUGGCAUGCCUAGUUGCUCCAGUCAGAGUUUUGCAGUAGUUAAGUAACCCUUGUAGAAUCAGACAAUAAUAUGUAGAAUCUAAGCAAAUGCUAUGUCACAAAGCUAUGUAAAACCUAUGUUAACCCUUUAGGCCCCAAUAUCCACCUACAAAUUCUCCAAACUGAUCUCCAUACAUUUUCUUCAUGAAUGAGUAGAGAGAAUUUGAUAAAAGAUCAAAGCAUUUUCUCUUUAGUGAUCAUUUUGUUAAUUCUCAUAACCUAAUCUCUUGACGAUGUAUGAAUAUUGUUAGGAGAAAAUUGAUGUUGGUCACUAUUGGAACUUAAAGGGUUAAUGAGUCAUACAUUGCUUCAACCAGAUCCUAUGUUGUUUGUAUGCCAGUACUAAUUUUUUUCUAUUGAAAAUGCUAUGUUUUGGCUAGUCAAACAGAACCUACUUAAAAGCUAUGCAGUUUUUAAAAGUAGGAAUAAAGGAAGAAAUGACAUAGUUUCCACAUAGCCUAUACAUACAAUUUACUUAGCGUUUGGAAAAAGAUUUUAGACCUCAUAGUCAACCUUAUAGAAAAAUCAUUAUAUGAGUGACAUAGGAAAAAAUAUGUUUAUGUAAAAGCUAUGUAGCCUUUAUGUCAUGAUAAAACUAAAUUAAAAUGUCUCACAGUAACAACAUAGGCUGCAAAUAUGUUUCAUUCACAUAGCAUAGAAUAUACAUAGCACUGUGUAAAAGCUAAGAAUAUUGUUGGAAAUAAAAGUGAACAUUGAGAUGCUAUGUAAAAGCUAUUUCACUUUGAUGCUCAGUGAAUACAUAGGAUGCAAAUUGGAAGGAAAAGCAGAACUUUCUAUUGCAUGGUAAAUACAUAGCUAUGUCUAGACUAUGAAAAGAUUUUGAAUAGUAUUUGCAUAGGUAUUAAAAAGCUAUGUACUUUUCAAAUAGCCUAAACAUAGUUUCAACAUAGAUUUGUCAUACUUUGGACUAUGUCAUAUGGUAUGUUACAUAGGUACUACAUAGGUAGUAGUGCACAUAACAUAGCUGAAACAUAGUCCAACAUAUUAAAUCAAUAGCAUGAGCACAGGUUUUGCAUAUGUCUGGUUCUGCAAUGGUAAGGAAAUAUUAAAAAGCUCCUGAAAAGUUGAUGAAAUAGCACAAAAAGACUUUUCUGGUUUGCUUAUGUCCAAUUUAUUUUACAGGUAGCAGCAUUAACAGCAAGAGUAAAUGAAGCAAGAAUGGACAGGUAAACAUUUCUCAAAUAUGAUUAAUAUAACACUUUGUCAAUAGAGAAAAAAGAAGGAAAAAUAAGAAUAACACACUGUGGAAGUUCUGCUGAAAAUGUUUUUAGUAUCAUCAUGUUACAAUCUUAUCCAGAUAUCUUAAGUUAGAUCUGCGAUUCUUGUCACAGAAAUGAUGUAACUUAAUUUUUCACGUCAUUCUCCAUCUUGGAAUAAUAAUUUUUUUGGUCAUAGCCAUCGAGAACACCAGGAAACAGUUGAAGAACUGAAGAGGAAGAGUGAGCGAAAAAUAUCUCUUCUUGAAGAAGAAAAUAAGAAACUCCAAGCUGACAAUGAUAAGGUAAGUACCCUGGCAAAGCUGGUGAUUUUGCUGACCUGUGUAUGGUUUAUUCACGGGACGAAAAAAUGGUUUUGCACAAAUUUGCUCCUUGCAAAUAUAUCACAAAAAUGUAAAUAUUGGGCUAAGGUGGUAAAUGCCACAUUUGUAUACCAAAAAACAUGGGUUGUAAAUAUGAUAAAGAGGCAAAUGUGGCAUUUACCAUGUUUGCCCCAGAUUUACUUCUCAGUUGUCAUAAAUUUGCAGCAUAUAAUUGCCGAGAGCAAAUUAGUGCAAAUUCAUUUUUUCUUCCAGCUAUUGAUUCCUUGGAAGUAAGUUUUAUUGAACAGAUUAAUGUCUUGAAACUACUAAGCAUUGUUGGUUCAUCAGUAGCUCUUAGAGAGUACAGUUGUAAUAAACCAAUAGUUUGUUGGUUAAAUUAGUAUUAUAAAGAAUGAUGAGAACACUGUGGAGAAAAAAUCUUUACAAUCCCAUAUCAAUAUUGUGUACUUGCUAUAUUGGCCGUUUUUUACCCCGCAGUUAUACUGAAAUGUGAUUAUUGAUCUGCAGAUGACAGAGAGUUUAGAUCGAACCAUUGCUUCUCAUCGAAAACUUGAGGAAGAUAUGAGGGACAGCAAUGAAAAGAAAGAUGCUGUAGCUCAUUGGGAAGCA